UUGAAUCUGAGCGCGAGCCAAGCUUUUCGUUUCGCUAUUUUGCCGCUCUCGGGCUGGAACAGAAUUGAAAAACCCUAACCCUUUCCCUCAUCCCGCUUUAAAUUUUCACUUCUUCUGAUCUCACUCCCUCUAUUUCUCUCUCCAUCUCAAAAUUUCCAGAUCUUUCUACUCUCCAGAUUCUGUUAGACGGUUAGAAUUCCCCUCUGGAUCUCUCUCACCUUUUUUUUUUCGCCAUCUUCUGAUUCGUCGGGCUCGUUCGAUUUGAUCAUCUCUGGACUCAGAUUUAGAUCAUUGUUGAUUCUGUGAUCGAAUUGAUAAGGAUUAAUUCAUUUCUGGGUGUGGAUUAGGGUUUGUACAUCGGACGAUAUGGUUUAUUGAAAUUGAAUGCUGUAUAAGACGAUUGGUGUUUCAAAGGAGUGUGUAUUGAUUGGGAGUGGUAUUGGAUUUGGAGUGGAGUUGUAUGGGAGAAGAGGACAGAUUGGAAAAUGGGGGAGUGGAAAUUGAGAGCUCUCCGAGAACUGAAUUGAAGCGAGACCAUCAGUGUCUUGCUGAGGACACCGAGCCGGAUUCCUUGCCGAACAAGAAGCAAGCCAAAGAGGUUUCGAAUGAUGAUAUACGCUCCGAAGUUUCGAAUCCUGUUGUGUCUCCCAAAGAGAAUAACUCCAGCUUUCAGGACAUUACUAGCCAGCCGGUGGAGUUGGUGAAUAGUAAUCAAGUAGAGUCUGGAGAGGUUACUUCUUCCAGUUUGGGGGAUUCGAGCUCAGAGGAGGAGAGUUUGAGUGUUGGACUGCCUGCUGAGAAUGAUAAUGGCCAGGUUGAGACGGAGACUAGUGAUACAACUCGUGUUGUAGUUGAGAUUCCUAAGCCGCCUAGCUCAUCUGGGAUUCGGAAGAUUACUUUUAAGUUCAGUAAAAGAAAGGAGGAGGAUUACGAGAGCCAGUCGUUUGAUGAUUCCCCGAGGCAGACACUACAUAAUGGGUUUGGUUAUGAUUUGCCGUACAGAGGUGGGCAUGAGACUAGCUUUCGAGAAAUGGCUAAUACAAGUUGGGGUUUUCGAGAGAGGUCAUAUGCACCCAAGGAGUUGGAUUUAAACAAAGUUCCGGAAUCCUAUCCUAAUAAUGUUAAAAAGCUACUAGCUACUGGUAUUCUUGAUGGAGCUCGAGUGAAGUAUAUCUCCACUGGCUCACAGGUGAAGCUAGAUGGAAUUAUAAGUGGAGGUGGUUAUUUAUGUGGCUGUUCAUCGUGCAAUUAUACCAAUGUACUCAGUGCGUUUGAGUUUGAGCAGCAUGCUGGUGUCACAACUCGCCAUCCCAAUAAUCACAUUUUCUUGGAGAAUGGGAAGCCAGUUUAUAAUGUCAUCCAAGAGUUGAAGACUGCUCCACUCAACAAGCUGGAUGAAGUGAUAGAGGCAGUUGCUGGUUCUGCUAUUAAUGAAGGCUUCUUCAGGAUCUGGAAAGAAUCUCUUUACCGAUUUGAUGGGGAUGAAGUGGAUAUAAGACAUUCUGUGAAGCUUCCUAAAGUACCUCGGAUUCCUAAGAAGCCCAAGCUCCCUAAAUUCCAUCAUUCACUUCCCAGACCAAGCUUCCAUACUCCUUACUCCGUGAUGCACCAGAAGAAAACUGCUGGACGUGGCAAUAAGAAAAGUAGGGAUAAUGAUCUUCAUCGGCUACUAUUCAUGCCAAAUGGGCUUCCGGAUGGGGCCAAGUUGGCAUACUAUAUGAAAGGACAGAGAAUACUUGGAGGCUACAAGCACAGAAAUGGUAUCGUUUGUAAUUGCUGUAACACAGAGAUAAGCCCUUCACAGUUUGAAGCUCAUGCUGGAAUGUCCGCAAGGCGACAACCCUACCGUCAUAUCUAUAUAUCCAAUGGAUUGACACUUCAUGAUAUAGCCAUGUCAUUGGCCAAUGGACAGAACCUUACUACUGGUGCCAGUGAUGUAAGUGAUGAUAUGUGUUCAGUAUGUGGACGUGAUUCUGGGAAGAUGAUUCUUUGUGAUGGAUGUCCUCGUGCUUUUCAUGAAGCUUGCUUGGAUUCAGAGUGGAUUCCUGAAAGUGAUUGGCAUUGUCCAAAUUGUAGGGAUAAUUUUGAAAAUGCAUGUAAAACUGCUGCUGGAGGAUCUUCUAGUAUUGCAAGACCAAUUGUCAUACGGCUCACACGGGAAUUCAAAGCACCUGAAAUUGAAAUCGGUGGAUGCGUACUCUGCAGGAGCAAUGACUUCAGUACAGCUAUAUUUGAUGAGCGAACAGUUAUAAUCUGUGACCAAUGUGAGAAGGAGUUUCAUGUUGGUUGUUUACGGGACAAUGGAUUAUGCGACUUAAAAGAACUCCCCAAGGAUAAGUGGUUUUGCUGUGGUGACUGUAAUAGGAUUUUUGAUUCUUUAAAGUAUUUAGUAUUCAAGGAAGCAGAGAGGGUUCCAGCUCCACUGUCGGGUCCAAUAGUCAGGAAGCAAGCAGAUAGAGGUACAUUUAUUGAUGGAGUGGCAGAUGAUGUUCAAUGGAGAAUUUUUAGCGGAAAAAGUCGCUGUCCAGAACAUCUACCGUUUUUAUCAAGUGCUGCUGCAAUUUUUCGAGAGUGCUUUGAUCCCAUUGUUGCGAAAUCUGGUCGUGACUUGAUUCCUGUUAUGGUAUAUGGGAGAAAUAUUUCAGGUCAAGAGUUUGGAGGAAUGUUUUGUGUUGUUUUGACUGUGAGGUCUGUUGUUGUAUCUGCCGGUCUUCUUAGGAUAUUUGGUAGGGAAGUUGCUGAGCUUCCGAUUGUGGCUACAAGUAGAGAACAUCAAGGAAAAGGUUAUUUCCAAGCAUUAUUUUCCUGUAUAGAGAUGUUACUCCUUUCCCUGAAAGUGGAAAAAUUGGUUCUACCAGCUGCUGAGGAAGCUGAGUCAAUCUGGACGAGGAAAUUUGGAUUUCGAAAGAUGAGGGACGAGCAAUUAUCAAAAUACAUGAAGGAGGUUCAGCUGACGAUUUUCAUGGGGACGUCAAUGUUAGAAAAGGUGGUCGGGGCGAUGGAUUGACAUCUUGUCAAAUUCUUCCGAAGUUCUCGAUGAUAGAUUUUAGAAAAGUGUUGCCUUUUUAUUUAUUUAUUUUUGAUAGUGAUUCAAGGCUUUGGUAUAUCUCCUGGAAGUGAUUUACCCCUCCUUCGAAGCAUUCGAUAAGUAGGGAAAUGAGGAGAAGAUAAAUUUGUAAAAAGAAAAGAAAAAGUAGCGCAUGCUGACCUUUUAUUACGCAUGCAUCCUGCAUUUUUUUUUUGCUUUAUUGUUAUUUUUACAUUUCAGGAUAAUGUAUCACGAAAUGUUGUGUGUUUUGGAAAUGGAAAAAAAGAAAU